AUGUCUGCUCCCAAAGGUCCGUUCCACCUGGUUAGUGUCAACACCGUGCCCGAGCGCGCCAAGCGCGUCAUCGGCCGUCUCAUCGAGGCUUUGAGCGAUCGGUACACUAUCAUCCACGUCGACAACUGCGAGAAAAUCAACGAGGUUGAGGCUAAGGUUAAGCAGCACAACCCUGAAGUUCUUUUCAGCGCCUCUAUGUGGUCCCCCGAGGAGGCCCAACAGAUUCAUCAGAUUGCCCGUUCUGUUCGACCCGAUAUAAAGCUUCACGCCAUUCCCCAGGGCUUGCAGGUCGAGCGUGGUCCCGAUGGCGUUGUUGAAUACCUGCUUGAGAAGGUGCCGGUGCUGCUUGACAGCUAG